AAGUACUCGCAGUACUCUCGCAUGUAUGUAACACAAUUUCUGCGCCGAGGAGGCAUCAACCUUAACAUUCCCCUAACAUUCCUUAUUACAUAUUAUCGAUCGUCAACCGUUUUCAAGCCUGCGCCUACCGCGGCCUACAUACCUAGUAUCAUUGAAGGCAUACAUUUUCCUACAAUCAAGCCAAACCACCCGUGACAAUGGAGCUGAAAAUUCAUGCUAGGUAUGUCUCAUGGUCUAAAUUUUCACUCCCACAUAAGUACUUCCACAUACAUAUGCUACGGCGUAGCACCAUGGCAGCCCCGAUCACGCCCAAUAUUGCUCGUGACCAUCAGGGGUGUAGCCAUAAUCAAAAGGAAACGAAAAAAGGGCAUGGAAAUUCCUGUGUUAGGUGUAUAGGAAGCAUUUUUGAAGACUGGCACAGAAAGCACCUAACACCUCAACCCCGUUGAAGAACAAAGGGUAUUGUCUGUAAAAUGUGACAGAAUUGUAUCAAAAACAAGACCAUUGUUCCCUCUCACCUAGAUGGUAGCCUACCAUAAGCAGUCGCUCAGAUGGAUACAAAAGCGUACAAAGCUCUUUCAACAAUACUCUUCUUUUUCACUAUCCAAUAUCAAGGAUCAACUAUCAUCCACACUUUCUCCAGGCAGGGAAACGAACAUGGAGUACGCAAAUCCCUCUUCUAUCGAAUUGCACUGUAGAGAUCAUGGCCUCUUAACUUGCUUAAUAUGCCUUCACAGUAUCAACUCGAAGGCCGGGGGCCUGGCUCCUAUUGAGGCUCCGAUUCCCUGUCCCGAAUCUGCUCACAGCGUCGCGCCGCUGUUUGAAGGAAAUCAUCUAAGUAUUCGCAAUAUUUCCCGCUUAGGUUUUCAAGACGGCUUGAGUCCCGAGGACAGAAUCAAGUAUCGACAUACUGCGCAUUUGCAAGUUGGUGGCAAAGACUUCCAUCGUACUUUUUUUUACUGCCCUCACUGUCAACUUUCAUACCUGGCAGGAGGCGGACCCGGAAUGUACGCGUCUCAUCCGUCGCAUAUUGGUCCGGAUGGACAGCGAUAUCUGAAGAUCGUAGUGUUUCCUUGGCAGUUUUUGCGGAAAUCGGAGCGUAUUGCCUGUACCUCAACGUUCGUGUAUGGCCAUAACAGCGACAUGAAUAUUUCUUACGAAUGUGCGCCGAAUACUGACUACGGCACAGCAGGCUGGAAUCUGGAUAAUGCAUUGAUAGCAACCUUGAUAAUGCUUCUUCGCGAUGUGGAGCACCGGAUAAUCCCGCUUCGGAAGAGGCUAGUUGAACCUGUCGUUUACACCAAUAGCGAAUAUUUUGCCGGCCAAGCCUGGCGUUUUCGACUUAUCGUUAUUGCCCCUCUUCGCCCAGAGCUUCUUAACUUUUUACUUAUGGCGAAUAGUAUGAAGUACAGCCAUAAGCACAGGGCUUACGUGGAAAGGAAUGGACUAGGGAUCACUAUAGCCCGGUGGCCAGUUACAGAAGAACGUCGGUAUCAGACCGUGACCUUCAUCAGAAUGGUCAAAAGCCUAGCCGAACGCGGGAUAGAUGUUCAAUGGAAGUGUGUUGAACCUGACGAGGUAACUAGUCAGGCGAUGGCUUCGUUUAUGAACCAGCCGUAUAAUUCCGCCCAGGAAGUUGUUGAUGACUCUCUGGGAGCGGCAAACGAAGAGCAAGACGCGCUGGAGGAGGAAGAGCUAUUAGAAGGUGAUUCUAGUCAGUAUAUUUCAGAUCACCACGACUACGAAGCCAUUGAACGAACAACUCCAUCUAUGGACGAUCGAUCUCAAUGGGACAGUGCACCUAGGCAAUACGAAGACUAUUUCGACGAGGGCCAGGGCCAGGACCAGUCCCCUUAGGUAGGUCGAGAUUCGGGUAGAUCCAGGUAGGUCUUGGUAGAGCUUGGUGGAGAAUUAAAAGGGGCUUCAAAAUACAUAAUUACAUAGGUAGGUAGGUAAUUUUACACCAUGAAUUUGACUUAAUAGGUC